AAAUAAAAAAAAUUGUAUCUGCAAAUCCUUUUCAUCUCCAAAAUAACCAACCACAAGGGACCACUUCCCAAUAGUUGCGAGGACAAUUUGCUCUUCCAGUGACUGUCGUGCUUGUAAGCGCGUAUAUAAACAAAAUAUAGGAUGGUUGUGUUGUGUAGUCACUCACCAUUCUUCUUUAGUAGUCAAUUGUGAAGUCAGUGAAGUAUAGAAAGGUUUAACUUAUAUAUACAUGUUUACAUGUAAAUUUGCUGCAGAAAUAUACAUCUUUGAACCUCGACAAGGCUCUGUUGUAUUAUUGGUGGAUACUAGGCUAUGAGAUGAACUUGGCAGAGAUCAUUGACUUAUGUGAUGAUGAUGAUGAAACUGAAGUAAAAGAUGCAAGAGGUGCAUCUAUUUUACAUUUAGGUUUAAUCAAGGAAAAGGCAAGAUCUGCAAUUGCAAUUCACCAAGCAGAUUUUGGAGAUUAUACUGUUAGAGAAGUUUUCGCUCCAGUGGAAAGUUUGAAUAUUCCGAAUGGUUUCUUGGCUACAGGCCAAUUAGCUCAUUCAGCCAAUGGAGUUGACUUUGAAACUUCCUUACCUGGUUCUGCGCCACUUUGCAGACAAUUUUGGAUUGCUGGAGACUAUGAACCUGUGAUACCUUUUGGACCGACCUAUGAUGAUGGCCAAAAUCGAAUGCAAGUACAUCCUAAGUUUCUUCAUUCAAAUGCUACAUCACAUAAAUGGGCUUUUGGUGCCAUAGCCGAGUUGCUAGACAAUGCAUUGGAUGAGGUGCAUAAUGGGGCCACAUUUGUUGCUCUAGAUAAAAACAUAAAUCCACAAAAUGGAAGUCCAGCCUUGCUGAUAAGAGAUGAUGGAGGUGGAAUGGACCCAGGAUCACUGCGGCGUUGCAUGAGCUUUGGAUUUUCAAAUAAACUUUUAGAUUCUUCGAUUGGCCAGUAUGGAAAUGGUUUCAAGACCAGCACCAUGCGACUAGGUGCAGAUGUAGUUGUAUUUAGCCGCAGUAUGAGCCAAGGGACUCAAAGUGUUGGUAUCCUUUCGUACACCUCUCUGAGGCAAAUUGGUUGUGAUGAUGUAAUUGUUCCUGUGGUUGACUAUAAGUUUGAUCCAGUGACUGGUGAAUAUGGGAUGUUAGCUUGUUAUAGCCAAAAGAAGUUCACUUCUAAUUUAUCUCUUCUAUUGAAAUGGUCUCCCUAUUCUACAGAAGGUGAAUUGUUGAAGCAGUUUGAAGACAUAGGAUCUCAUGGCACAAAGAUUGUCAUCUUCAAUCUAUGGAAUAAUGAUGAUGGAGAGAUGGAGCUUGAUUUCGAAUCUGAUGCAAAGGAUGUGAUGAUUAGCGGUGGACAUAAAAUGCUGCCGUCAAAAACUGUUUCAAAAAUACAAAAGCAGAAAUAUGUCGCAACUCAAUUAUGGUAUUCUCUUCGAGCUUAUUCAUCCAUCUUAUAUCUGCAUUUACCGAUGAACUUUAGGAUUAUUUUGCGUGGUCAUGUUGUUGACCCUCAUUACAUUGUGAAUGAUCUCAAAUUCCGUGAAGGUAUCAAGUAUAGACCACAACUCUUGGGGAACAUGGAGGGUGAGAUCAACACCAUUAUUGGGUACUUGGAAGGCUCCCCAAAUAUUGAUGUUCAUGGUUUUAAUAUAUAUCACAAAAACCGGCUCAUAUUGCCAUUUCUUCCAGUUGUUUCCUCCACAAAUGGCAAGGGCAAAGGUGUUGCUGGAGUUCUUGAAGCAAAUUUCAUUAAACCCACCCACAAUAAACAAGAUUUUGAGAGGUCAACCCUUUACCAGAGACUUGUUGGUCGCUUGAGAGAGAUGACCACCGAAUACUGGGAUUUACAUUGUCAUCUGGUUGGCUAUCGGACAAAGAGAGUUCCACCUUCUUUGCCACCAUCAAGUUCUGUGCCUGCAUAUCCUAUGCAACAUUCAGUAGAAUCCAGCGCACAUGUCAAUCCAAGACCUUUAAGAGAAAUUCCUGCUGCCGCUGCUGCUUCAGAAGUAUCUUCUUCUGAGCUAAAUUCACAUCAUCCUGUGCUGAACGGCAAUGACAUUUUCCUGACAAAUAAAAGGAAACAUGAUGGUGUGAUGCCUAUAAGGGAAUCACUUAAGAAGCAGGCUGUAAUCAAUGGAACACCCACUGAAGUUGCAAGCAAUGGCAAGAUGAAGGUCAGGCAGCCUACUCAUAUGAGAACCCAAGAGUCGAUAAUCAUGAGACAAGAAAAUGAGAAGCUCUGCGCAGAGUGUGCAGAUCUGGAAAUGAACACUAAAGAACUGUUGCUCAAGGAACAAUAUCUCAGACUUGAGUUGCAAAUUGUCCAGGAAGCUUACGAGAAGUUGUCUAUUGAGUAUCAAUCACGAAAUCACUCAAAAGUGGAGAAGCUGUAGAUCCUUAGUUUACAUAGAAAUCUAAUACGGUGUAAAUUCCAUUUUAACUAAUUUUGAGUACAGUUAGGUAGUAUACAUAUCACUAAAUCAUUCAGGCUAAUGUACAGCAAGAUGUAGAAAAUCAUGCUAUGUAAAUCCUUUUUGCAGAUCCACUUACUUUUUG